UGUUGACAGAUAACCUAUAAAUGUUUGCAUGUUUAAAAACAUUGAUGAGAAUUUGAGAAAGUUUACCUUGUGUAGAAAUCGUAAACAAUGUCGAGACAUUUAGAUUUAAAUGUUGCUCUCGUAGACAAGUAUUUAAAAACGUAUGAUUAUCCCUCUCUCGCAAAUUAUUUAAACAUAUCUUUUAAACUAGAAAAGGGCAGUGAUGGAAUACCCUUACAGUUUGAUUUUUCAGACACAGUGUUAAAUAGUUUGCACAAAAUUUUGCUACAAAUUAUUAAUGAAGAAAUUAGCGAAAAUCAUCAAAAUAUUUUGAAAGAGUUAUUUAGGAGUUUAAGAAAUUAUGUAAUUAACAUAGAUGUCCAAAAAUAUCUAAGCAAUGAUAGUUUUUUAAAUAAUGUUAAAAUUAUCUGUGAAAGUAGUUUGGUAACAAAUGAUAUAUUGCAAGUUGUUUUACAGUUCCUCAUUAAUUUAGUAGUAUCAAAUGAAAUAGCCGCUAAAAAAGUUUAUGCUGUGUUUCAAAAUCAAAUUUUUGGUUCAUUAAAACAAAAUGUUAAUACAUAUGAAAACAGUGCUUUACUGUAUAAUAUUUCUUUACAUCAUGCAAUUGAACUAGAUUUUGAUAUGUAUGUGUGCAUACUGCAACUUUAUGACAAUCGAAAUAAUAUUGAAUUCUUACAUUUUUUGAUUGAAAAGUUCAUAACCUAUGAUAAUUUUUGGACAAAUUAUAAAAAAAUUGAUUUACAUAGAAGAUUAGUAGUUCUAGGUGUUAUUAGAGAGAAACAGAUAAAAGGAGAAAAGCUGGAUUUAUGUGAUUACGCUUUACAGACUUUAUCAAAUAGCUUCAUUAAUUCAGCAAGCAUUAUUUUUCAAACAGUUUCAUCAAACGAAAAUGAUUUAGAACCUUAUGAAGUGUCUGAAUUGUUACAAGUGAUCUCUUCUCUCAGUAGUGAUGACUCAUAUUUAAAAAAAUUACAGAAUGAUAAAGAUUUACUAAUUAAUGUUGGAGUCGUUCUAAUAAAUAUUCACAAAUUAGGGAAGGAUACAGAAAAUUAUUUUUCGUCGAUUCAAAGUCUCAGUGAAGUUAGACAACCCACUCAACAAAUGUCCAAACAUCCGGCUUUUGGUUUUAAAGCGGAUCUGAUUCGCAUAAUUGGGAAUUUAUGUUGGAAGAACAGGACAAUGCAAGACUUAGUGCGAGAGGCAGAACUUAUACCCGUGGUUUUAGAAUGUUGUAAUAUGGAUGCAAGAAAUCCAUUUAUCAUGCAAUGGGGCAUUCUAGCAGUGCGCAAUUUAUGUGAAAACAACCUGGAAAAUCAAAAAAUUAUUGCUGGGCUGCAUCAAGAAGGGACUGUUAGUUCCACAGUUUUGGAAGAGAUGGGAUUAACUUUGCAUAGUAGUGGUGAUGAAAAUGGAGUAAAAAUUGUACCACUUGAUGCACUUCGAAAUCAUAGAUAAUUGUAAAAUAAUUUUUUUAUAUUUAUAAAAACAAUUGUUUGCGUGCAAUAAAGUAUUAAAAAUCCAUUAUA